AGCAUUAGUUUCAGACCAGGACCAGGACUACGACCAGGGUGGGCCCUUACAGACCUGCUGAGUUCUCGACAGACCUGGAUCGGGCCUUCAUGUGUUUCGGGUCAUUUUUCAGAGGGACAGAGCGAGCUCAUGGACGGACUCUGAUCCUGCAGCAGCUGGAGAGCGCUGUUCACCUUUGACCCCGCUGAUGGACCUGCGAGCAGCCGUACACUUUGUACCGUUACCAUGGAAACUCUGCAUCCACCCAACUCUGCUGCUGCUGGUCCAGCUGAGUUUACCUGAAGUCAGAGCUUCCUGUCGUAUCCUGAAGUGUAACUCUGAGUUCGUGGCUGCAACCUUUGACCUGAGCAGCGGUGGUGCAGCGGCUCUCAGCAGGGAGGCGGUGAAUGCCGGGUACUGCAGCGCCCUGCGCACCUACGCCAUGUGCACCAAGAGGAUGGCUCGGCCGUGUCGGGGCGAUCUGGCAUACCACUCUGCGGUUCAGGGGAUCGAGGACCUGCUGAUCCAGCGCAGCUGCCCCCGGGCAGGGCCCACGGCCCAACCACGGCCGCAGCCUCAGGGGACACUGUCAGAAGACACCUGCCUGUACGAGAAGAGCUUCUUCAGCAGAGAGGGACGGAUGCCUGAGUACCUGCACUGCAGUGUGUUUGGAGACCUGCACAUUCGAACCUUCAGCAAUGACUUCCACACCUGCGCAGUGCAGGGAGCGUGGCCUCUUAUAGACAACGAGCACCUGUACGUUCAGGCCACCACUUCACCAGCGAGAGGAGGAACACACCCCACAGUUCUCACCAAGAUCACCAUCAUCUUUAAGAACUGGCGUCAGUGCAUCGAGCAGCAGCUCUACCAGGCCGAGCUGGACAACGUUCCUGCUGCGUUCGCUGAUGGCUCCGUGUGGAACGGCGAGCGCCGAGGUCACCGCAGCCUGACGGUCCGGACCGAGAGUCCCGGUCAGCACACGGAGAUCCGGGCGGCCCACAUCGGCACGCUGCUGGUGGUGCGUCAGAGCGGACGCUCUCUCAGCCUGUCCGUCAGCUCGCCACGCGACAUCGUGGAGGCCUUCGGACCAGACCACGACCUGCAGCUGUGCGUGUGGGGCUGCCCCGCCUCCCAGAAGCUCAACACGCUCCGCCCCCCUUCACCAGACCCUUUGGAGCCUGUUUCUUUAAGUGCCGAGGCCCACUGCGCUGCACUGCUUCCUGCCCGGGACAUCUACUACCAGGCCUGCGUGUUUGACCUGAUCUCCAGCGGAGACCUGAACUCCAGCAUGGCUGCUGUCUGCGCACUACAGGAUGCUCGAAACAUGAUCUCCAACAGGAAAGGGGUUCACCUCCUUCCUGUCGCCGCUGCAGGCCGAGUGCUACCGCACCUGAUGCUUCUGCUGCUGCUCGGCAUGCUGGGAACUGUGGGCGCAGCCUGAAGGGAUCUUUUAAUUAAAUGCAAUCUGUGC